UACGUAUGUAAGAUAUAAAAGCUGCGUUGCAUUACGAACGGGCGACAGCGUCGCUCGUGUACGGAAUUCUAUUGUUGUCUCUGCGGGCGCACUCCCGUACAUGCAGACACAACACCAUACCCCAUAUCAUUAUAAAUGACUCAGACAGUUGUUCGAUGAACAGUCAAGUUGUUUUUCGUACCAUGACACGAGCCCGGAAAGGCGGAGGGAUGGAUUUCUUAGAACCAGAUAAUGGUUCCCGAAUCCUAGAGAAGUUGAGGAUGCAGAGGGCAGACGAGAAAUACUGUGACAUUGUUUUAAAUGUAGAGGGAAAGGUGUUCAAAGCCCACCGGAAUGUUUUGGCUGCGUGUAGUCCGUACUUCGAUACUAUGUGCAAUAGCGGGCUGGAGGAAGACAAAGUGGAUACAGCCGUCGCGACCAUCGAAUGUACAUCAGCUGAAGCAAUGGAUGAGAUUUUGAACUACAUGUAUACAGGGAAAAUCUCAAUCAAUGCCAACAAUGUUGAGUCUAUUUUAAGAGGGGCAGACCCUUUUCUGAUGACUGCUUUGAAGGAAUAUUGCUAUCAAUUUAUGUGGCAGAAUAUGGAUGCCUCCAACGUAUUGGCAGUGAGGCAGUUGUCCGACUUGUAUGGCUUUGCAGAUUUGUUCAGCCGUUCACAACAGUUCAUUAGAAAUCAGUUUAUGCAGGUUAUUCAACAUUCCAUGGAAGAUUUCCUCAGGCUCAGCUAUGAAGAUAUCCUUGAACUCAUCACUGAUGAAAAAAUCAGGGUAGAAAAGGAAGAGUGUAUCUAUGACAUUGUUGUCCAGUGGGUGAAGUUUGAUAUUGCGUUCCGAAAGCCUCUGUUUCCCCGGUUGUUAUCUCAUGUGCGUAUGCCACAUCUGGGACGGGAUUUUCUCAUUACUCAUGUUGAGAAGGAAGAACUUGUUUCCGCUUUUGAUGAGUGCAGGAACAUGUUGGCUGAAGCAAAACAUCAGACAGAUACUACGAGACGAAGUUACUGUAGCGACAGUCCUGUCUUGAAGCCUCGUAAGGGACGUCUGACGGAUGUUGUCAUCAUGAUUGGUGGUGUAUCAGAGCAGGGACCUUUGGCAGAUUGCUUUGCUUACCUCAUCGAUGAAAACCGGUGGAGCUCACUCCCGCCACUUCCCAACGAGCUUCGAUUCCAUGCAACAACCAUAUUGAACAACUGUAUGUACGUGGCAGGUGGAACAAGCAACCAGCUUACAACGAGCAAGGUGCAUUGCUAUGACCCCAUCAACAACUCUUGGAAUGAAGUGGCCUAUCUGCAAACCCCUCGUGAAUACCUCUCUCUUGUGCCUUGUGAUGGUCAUCUCUAUGCUCUCGGUGGGCUGCGCUGGGAUCGUGUCCAGCAAAGUGUCGAACGUUAUGAUCCCGAUGCUGACAAGUGGUGUUGCGUCUCGCAAAUGCCAACAAAGCGGUACAACAUGCAAGUCGUGUCUGUUGGUAACAGGUACAUUUAUGCCAUUGCUGGGAGGGACUCGUCACGCAGACCUACUCCUAUCGUUGAGCGCUAUGACACAAAGACCGAUGAGUGGACUUCUGCGGCAUCCAUUCCGACCAAGGAUGGCCUCUGGGAAUGUCCUGUUGUGGAAGUCUACCAAGGCCAAAUAUAUGUCACAGACCUGUCGACCAAAGCGUACAGACUGAAUGUGGAGCGCAAUGCUUGGGUCGAGGCCCAAUGCAAGUUUGCACGGAUACCAGAGAGAACUUGUUUCCAAUACUGUGCCAUUAACCGCAACGUCUUUAUCUUUGGUGGAUGGGGCAGUGAGAGGUCCAACAACUCGCCCAUCUCCGAUGCCUGUAUAUUCAACCAGGAGCUGGGCUUAUGGAGUAAUAUAGCUCCACCUCCUGCCUCCACCUUAGCCUCUGCAUGCUGCUUUCUCCAGGUGCCCUAUGAAUUCCUAUCGGAGAAUGGAACAUGAUGACUACAUUCCAGAAAUCAAGAGUCUUUUUUAAAGGUGAGUUUUGAUAUGAUUUUAAAGUCAAAUCUGCUUUUCAUGCCCAGCAUCUAUGUUUAUACAUGGGUUUACAUGUUUUUUCAAUUGGUCUAAAACUCAAAUGCCAAUUCUUCUUCUUCUUCUUCUUCAAGCUACACUGCCUCCUUCAAUCCUGAAGAUUCUUGCAGUAUUGUAGUACCGGGGACCGGUUCAGUAACCAAUUCAUCCAGUAACCAACUCGUCUACUACUGGUCUACCAUUAGUUCGUCCACUAUCCACAUGGUCUAAUUGCCAUUUCGUCUAAUAAAUAACCAGUUGGUCCAAUAGCCAUUUAGUCCAUACCAUUUGGUCUAAUUGGACCAAGUGUUAAUUGGGCGAAAUGAAUGAAAAUAAAAUGUACAUUAGACCCACUGGUUAUUAGAUGAAGUGGUCUUAGAAUCUUAGAUGAACUUGUGACUGGACCAAAUGAUUGUUAAACGAAAUGUUGAUGGAAGGAAUGGCAGUACAAUGUAUACUACUGUAAAUGGAGUUUGACCAUUUGACGAGUUGGCAAUAGACGAAUUGGCAAUUUACCUAGAUGUAAGACUCAGUGUUAAACUGCCCCAACUGCUGCUACAUGUAUAAGCAUUUUACUUUUGGUCAACCUUUAACAUCUACAUGUAGCAGACAGAUCAUGCUAUGACUAAUGAGGGCUACAUGUAGUCCACCCCAAUAAAUAGUGGGUUUGAAUAAAUACAGUCUAGGAAAAUCAAGCAAACAUAAAACUGAAAAUUUCAUCAAAACUACAAAAUCUUAAAGUUUUACUGGUCUUCACGAUGUACGUGCAGUGUGCCAGGAUUAGUCAAAGGUAUUUCUUCUGUUUUCUUGGAGAUUUUACAAAAAGGAAGUGCUUCAUUGAAUCACAAUAAGUUGAAACAUACAUGUAGGCUAUCCCAUAUAAAUCAAACCUUC